CCUAAGUAGAGUGCACGCUUUAAAACAUCGUUCUGUUCUGUGAAAUCUCACUCAAAAUGGCACUUACAGCUCUCUUAAGAAGCUCAAAAUCCUCACUCAAAUUCAUCAAAACCUCAAAUAUCCUCUCCUAUUUCCACUUCACAAUCCCCAUUAUACCCUCUUCUCCCUUCUCUUCCAAAUGCAAUAAACACCACCCUCCAUCACCAUCACCAUCACCACCACAACCCCCUCCUCCAUUGCCAAAGAAAAUCCCUCUCACUCUCUCUGCUCAUGGAACCACCUGGCAAGACCCUUACCAUUGGAUGAAGAACACCAACGACCCUGAUUUCAUCAACUACCUUCACCAAGAAAAUUCUUAUGCCCAAGCUUUCAUGGCUGACACUCAACACCUGCAACAAACUUUGGUUACUGAGAUGAAAAAUCGGUUGCCCGUUAAUGUUUCUACUCCGCCUCACCGUUGGGGCCCUUGGUUAUACUAUCAGUACAUUCCGGAAGGGAAGGAAUACCCAGUUCUCUGUAGGAAGUUAGACUCUGGGGAAAGUGGUUGGGCAAAGACAAUUUUGAAUUAUGCAAUCAGGCAGUUGGGCGUGGAGCAAGUUUUGCUUGAUUGGAAUCAGAUUGCAGAACAAUAUGGUUAUGUGCACGUUGGUACAUGCCGAGUUUCGCCGGACCAUAACUAUCUUGCAUAUACACUUGAUACUACUGGAAGCGAACAAUUCAUACUUCAAAUUAAAGACCUCAGAAAUGGAUCGAUUGUUCCAAAAUCAAACACCAAUGGGGUAGUCAGUUUGGCGUGGGCUCAAGAUGGCAGGACUCUGUUCUAUACAAUAACAGAUGAGAGUCAGCGACCUUACAGGGUUCUCUGCACGAAACUAGGAUCUGAUGAGAUAGAUCAUGUCACAGUAUUUACAGAAAGUGACUUGAGCUUUUGUGUGGAUAUAACAAGCACAAAAGAUGGCAAGUUCAUAACUGUAAACUCAAAUUCAAGAACUUCAUCUGAGGUUUAUGUGAUUGAAGCGGCCAAUCCCCUUCAUGGUCUGCAAAGAGUACAUAAACGUGUUUCGGGUGUACAGUAUUUUUUGGAGCAUCACUCUGGUUCUUUCUAUAUUCUAACAAAUGCUCCAUUAAGUGGGUGGAACGGUGAAAAUUAUUACUUGGCUACAUGUCAAGUUGAAGACAUACAGACACGGAAGUGGCAGAAUAUUAUCCUUCCAAGUGAAGACAUGGGCUUUCAAGACAUGGACAUUUUUAAUGGGCAUUUGGUGAUAUUUCUCCAGAGAAAGGGUGUUCCGAUGUUAUGCUCCAUUAAUCUUCCUAUUAAUGUUAAUUUUAAGAGUGAAUUGGUGGUGGAGGAUCUUAAUCCAUGGUUUUUCCCUAUGCCUUCGGAUCUAUGCAGCGUUGUUCCAGGGUCAAAUCAUGACUUCAUGAACCCAGUAUACCGUGUGGUUUUGUCAUCACCAGUGAUGCCUGAUGUGACUGUGGACUAUGACAUGUCAAAACAAACAUUCUCGAUUGUGCAGCAAGAGGAAGUAAGGGGAAUUUCUGAUGAUCAUGGAACAAGGUUACCAACCCAUAAUAUGAAUACUCAUAUAUGUCUUGAUGUGGAAAACAGUGAAGACAAAAUUGGGAAUUGUAUUCAAUCAAGGGGAUGGAAAGAUUUCUAUAAUGCAUACUGUUGUGAAAAGAAGGAAGUCAUUUCCCAUGACGGUGUUAGAGUUCCACUGACCAUCUUGUACUCUCAAAAGGCCUGGGAAAGGGGUACAUCUCCUGGAAUAUUAGAAGGCUACGGGGCGUAUGGAGAAAUCCUUGAUAAAAGCUGGUGCACGGAGCGCCUGAGCUUGCUUGAUCGUGGUUGGGUGAUGGCUUUUGCUGAUGUGAGGGGUGGUGGUGGUGGUGCUUCUUCAUGGCAUAUAUCAGGCAGCGGAAUGAACAAACACAAUUCCAUAUAUGAUUUUAUAUCAUGCGGUAAUUACCUCAUUAGUGAGGGCUACGUCCACAGAGAUCGUCUAAGUGCAAUUGGACUCAGUGCUGGGGGACUUCUUGUUGGGGCCGCUAUGAAUAUGAACCGUAAUCUGUUUCGCGCUGCCAUAUUGAAGGUCCCAUUUCUUGACAUAUGCAACACGUUGUUGGAUCCGAGUUUGCCUCUUACCAUACUAGACUAUGAUGAAUUUGGGAAUCCUCAGAUGAAGUCGGAGUUUGAUUAUAUUCAAAAUUAUUCUCCGUAUGAUAACAUUCCCAGCAAUGGCUGCGUUCCUUCAGUACUUGUUACAGCAUCAUUUCUCGACUCAAGGGUUGGAGUUUGGGAAGCUGCAAAAUGGGUGGCCAGAAUACGCGAUAGCACAUGCUCGAGUUGUUCAUCCUCUGUCAUUCUUAAGACGAAUAUGGCUGCGGGACAUUUUGGCGAAGGUGGUUACUAUACUCAAUGUGAAGAAAGAGCAUUUGAUUAUGCCUUUCUGAUCAAAAUUAUGGGGUAUAGAAAUGGUCAGGAAAGCCAGAAUACGAGAUAGCACAUGCUGUAGUGGUAAUUCUGAAGAGGAAUACGGUGAAGAUGGUGUGAAGAAAGAACAUGCUGUAGUGGUAAUUCUGAAGAGGAAUACGGUGAAGAUGGUGUGAAGAAAGAACAUGCUGUAGUGGUAAUUCUGAAGACGAAUACGGCGAAGAUGGUGUGAAGAAAGAGCACAUGAUUAUGCCUUGUCUGAUCAAAAUUAUGGGGUGUGAAAAUGACCGAAAAAGCCAGAAUUGCUGCAAAGUAGACGGGAAUAUUGCUCAAGCCCUCGCAAGUGUAAAUUUUGUGAUUGCUUUGUCUUGCAGAUGCUGAUAGAUAACUGAGCAAUCUUUACUCUUGUACUAGCCUUUAAUUUACAGGUACUGUUUUAUUUUGAUAAUGAAGAAAGAUAAAGUAGCUUACAGAUU